AUGGAGAUAUGGUCAAGGGCCACCUCCAGCGACUCUUCUGUCGAUCUUAACGAGUCGAAAGUCCCGUCGAUCAUUAUUUGCAAUACGGUGCUCAUAGUGGCAUCCACAAUCGCGCUCGCGGUGCGACUGUUGGUCCGAACUCGAUAUCUAUCAGGGAUUGCGAUGGACGAUGUAUUUUGUGUCAUUGGUUGGGUAUUUGGGGUUAUCGAAUGUCUAGUGUGUAUAUCAAUGACAAACUACGGGUAUGGAAGACACAUCGGAACUGUGACACAGGAGAGCACAUUGUCAAUAUUUUUGAAGCUUGACUUCGUUACGGAAAUCACCUAUUUGCUCUCGUUGGGCGCGAUCAAACUCUCGUUUUGUUUCUUCUACUUGAGGAUUUUUCCAGGCGACACUCUUCGCAAAAUCUCUUGGGCAUUGGUGGUAAUUAUAAUUGCAGAGACGAUAGAGGAGGUCUUCGUCGUCAUUUUCCAGUGCAGUCCAGUUUCAAAAGCAUGGGAUGCAUCCGCUGAAGCGCCGGGAAAAUGUCUCUCACUGGGGGCAUUUUACUACAUUUCGUUCGGAAUUCGGCUGGUUACAGAUAUUGCCAUAUUCGUCCUUCCGAUCCCCAGAUUGCUACAACUGCAAAUGACGGUCGGCAAACGAGCAGGCCUAGUUUUCAUGUUUGGGCUCGGUGUUCUUGUUGUUGUGACGAGUAUCAUUCGAAUUACGUAUCUCAACAAUUUCUCUCUGGACCAUACAUGGUCUCUCGUGAACACAUUGAAUUGGUCAUCAGUGGAGCUCGGCGUGGCCAUUUUCAUUGCCUGUUUCCCCUCAUUCAAGACGCUUGUGACCGUCCGAUUCCCCGGGCUCCGCCGUAUCUUAGGUCUAUCCAGUAACCGAAGUUGUGGGCGGUACGAAAUGUAUGGGGCAUCGGGUCGCCGGACGGAUGAUCCCCGAUCGUGGGCCGGUCGGGCCCACGCAAAUACCAAACUCGGGCAUAUCACCACAUCCUCGCAGGCUCAGAUAAAGGUCGAAGCAAGUCGCAUUGGAUCAGAGGAGUACAUUCUAGCGUCGGAUUCACCGGUCGGGAUCCAGGUUACGACAGACGUGAGCGUGAAUCGGUCGGAGAGUACGACACCUUCGGGUCCUUGUGUUGUGAAUUGGCCCCUCAAGUAA